AUGAAACAAUAUCCAUAUACAAUAUCGAAUCUAAAGACCCUAAAAGAAAAAACAGCAAUAUUUCUUUUAGAUUACUUUUUUAAAAUAUUUAAAAGUCAAGGAAAGAGUAAACUUUACAAAAAGCAAAAAUAUCUACUAUAUCAUUUGGUUUCUUUAGAUCAAGUUGUAGAUGUAAAAUGCUUACCUACAGGAUUCAGUACAAGUUUUCUACCUUUUACAAAUACUUGUGACUAUUGCUAUAACAUACUGAAUGAAGGAGAGGUUUUAACCUGUGGUCAUGGAUACCAUUAUAAAUGUUAUGAUAAAUUAUAUUACAGUUGCAACCAUUGUAAAGAAUAUUAUAAGAAAGGUAUUAAUUAUAAUGUAAAGAUGUUCAUUAAAUGUUUAGAAAAAGGUUUGAAUGUUCUUACUAAUGAGAAACUACAAGACAAAGAAGAGUCCACCCCAACAGCAGAUGAUUCUGAUGAUCAAACAGAGCUAGAAAGCAUUUCAGAAGUCCAUAAUAAUUUUGUAAAUGCACUUGAGGCAAUGUCUUGCUAG